CCCAGCCUCAAACUUGUACAAAGAGUCAAAAGCUUGAAGGAGGUGAAGUGUCGAGGUAAUGGAAUAUCGGUGUUUUUGUUGCUGAAUAUGAAAGGUACAGUUGGAUUUUUCCGCGCCAUGGAGUGAAAAUGAGGAGUCCUUUUGGGCUCAAAGAGAAAGGGAAAAUUUUACAAAGAGCUACUAAAUCAUGUCAGAGCCUCUUGGAUCUGCGUGGUCUGCACAUUGCCAGCAUACCUAAUGAAAUCUUUGCAAAGCCUUUGGUGGAAAACUUGAUAGUUUUAGAACUAAGUUUUAAUGGCCUCCAGUCACUUCCCAGUUGUAUUUGCCAACUGGUUAGUUUGGAGGAACUUUACCUUGGACAUAAUAACUUAAAAAUUUUGCCCAAAGAAAUUGGAGAUCUUCCAGCCUUGACAAGACUUGAUCUGGUACAUAAUGGUCUUCAAGAAGUCCCAUUUUGCAUUUCAAGAUUGAGAACUCUAGAGUGGGUUAAUCUGGCUGGGAACCUGGUGGAAGUUUUACCACCUUGGUUGCUUCUUCUACCAAACCUUCAACAUUUGUACCUUGUACGUAACCUCAUUGAAAACAUCCCCAGGGAUUGUUAUCUUCAAGGAAUAGAUUGCAUACGCAGGUACUUUAGAUUGCCUUGCACUAGAGAUGCUAGUGACAGAAACUGCCACACAAAUUUGAGGCUAUUGUCUCCUCAAAGAAAAUGCUUUACAAGACCAAAGCUGCGCUCAAAUACUUUGGACAGACCCCUGUUGUUGUCUGAAAGUGAACCAGAUGUAGGAUUUAAAAAGUUAGUCUGUGAGCAGACCUCCCCUAGUUCAAGAUGUUCACCAAUUGAAGAUGAUUCCAUGAUUUCCGCAUCCUUGCCUGUGGAAACUUUACCAGGUAAAUACGUCGAGCAACAUCAGAACAUUGUAUCCAAUUUGGAAAAGGCUCAUCAGAAUGAACUUUGCCUGGUUAAACAACAGAAAAGCAAGCUUCUUCACAAGCAGGAGCUUAGAAAAAAAAACAUUGACUCCUUGCGUAAGAUGAAAGAACAGUGUAAACCGGCACCAUUUCCUUAUACAAGAAGGAGGUUAGAUUUUAGCCUGGAUCUUGAGAGUCUGAACAGAAGAAGACCAAGAUGCUUGACUACAAGUGAAUAUGGAACUUGUUCCUCCAUUACAGAGAGCAUUGGAGUAAGGGAGCAUUCGUUCCUAAACAGAAAAGAUUCUCUUUUGAGUUUUCAAUCAUCUACUUCACUAGAUGAUGCUUUCAACAACAAUUUACCAGCAAAUCUGAGGCAGAGAAAGCUCUCAAGCGACAGUGGCAGCUCAUGUUUGAGUGAAGUUUCUGAAAAUGACUGUUACAUCAAUGACUCUGACUUAGAGUCAGUUAUUGACCGAUGUAGACACAUAAGUCUGGGAGACAUCUGUGUUAUUAUCCCAGAGGAAAAUAUCACUGGCCAUCUGCAGUCAGAAUUUCAUCUGGAGGUGUUAGAAGAUAUGUCAUUUGCUCCUACACUCAAGAGUCGGGAGGUGCUUGCUAGUGAAGUUAUUGAGAUGACACCACAUGGAGCCGAGUUUUUCAAAGAUGAUCCAGCCAUCAUCAGUUUUCCUUUCGAUGUUAAAAUUGGAAGGUACGAUGUUGUCACUUGUCUUUGCAGCAACACUGGUUUUGGGCAGAGAACAAGGUGGGAAAAAAUGAAUCCAAGUGACUACAAGGUCUUCACUUCUCAUGUAGAAAUCAGAGCCUACCAUUUCAGUCUUUUUGCGAUUGUGGUAACAAAAGGCUACCCUGAAGCUCACAAGACCAUAAAAGCUGGUAUAGGUGGUUAUCUCCACAUCCCCGAAGUCCCUGGAAUAGAAAUUCUCUUCCCAGACACAUCAUUACUUCAUGAUAUUGAAGCAUCUGUGAAGGUUCUUUAUGCAGAUCACCCUUAUGAUGUUGAUCAUUCUGACCCAGAGGCAUUAGCACUUGCUACACCAGUUGUCCAACUUGGUCCUCAUGGCUGUGUGUUUAAUCUACAUUCUGCUGACUCUGUAACUGUGCGCCUUCCACUUCCAGAUGGCAAAGAGAUUUUAGAGAGGUAUGGAGACAGGCAGCUCACAUUUUGGUGUAGUUCUACAACAGAUGGAGAAGAUCUCCAGUGGCAGCAGUUCUAUCCUAGGUUUUUCCACAUUGAUAACGAUGACAAUGCUCUAUGCUCUGUGUACUUCUCCGUGGAGCAUUUCUCUUUCGUUAGAGUUCUCUGGAACAUUAUUGAUACCAUCUUGUGGGAAGCUAAGCUGGGUGCUUCUAGUAUCAUUCCUCUGUUCCAAUUCAGUGUUUCCUUUCAAGCUUUGAUGUCAGAAGUGAGUGAGAAUGGGCUGAGGUUUGGCCUUUGUAUAGCGUGCUACAGAUUUGGUAAACCUUUGGAGGACAUUGGCAAUUUUCCUACUGUUGUUGGUAAAUGUAUUGCACCAAGACUGCUACACACAGGAAGGCUGCAAAUCAGGUUGGAAUCAGAUCAUUUUGACACAGACACCUCAAUUGGUGUUAAAGAUCUUGUAGCUGUGGAGAACUUCACUGGCCGUCCAUUUGUGAUUCAGUUUGGAUGUCGAUUUAAGGGAGAGCCACCAUAUGGAAACUUUGGUAAUGUUUUUGUGGAAGAACUAUCAAAGAGUGGUGAAAACAAGCCAGUUUUCUCUUUCCUCUUAAAUAGGCCUCGUGAUGCUGAUGAUGCUGAUAGCUGUCUUGAUUGGGAAGUUCAAUUAACCAAGGAACUGACAAAUGUGCUGAGCAUCAACGCUGAAACAGACAUGGGUGAUGAGGUGUGGCAUGAAGUUGCUAAACAACUGGGUUAUACCCCACGAGAGAUAAGCAAUUUCAGCACAAAUGACAACCCAAUGGCAGCAGUUAUCGCAGACUAUAAAAGACGCGGUGGAAUACCUCAUCAGUUCAUUACUGCUCUUUACAAAACAGGUUCCCCAGGGAAUGUAGUGAAACAGAAAAUGAACAACAGGACUGGAUCCACAAGAAUGGUGGAAGAAGACACACCAGAAAUGGAACCCAAAAUGUGCCCUUGUGUAAAAAAGAAUGCUCGCAAACGACGACUUCCAGAGGCUAUAAAUUGGGAAGAGAAAUUCCACGACCUUUCCCAAAAAAUUGGAAAUGGAGAGUGGAAACAGCUUGGCCGAGUGUUGGGGGUUAGUGAUAGCAAAAUAAAAGAGAUCGAACAUGACUGCAGCAUCAAUAAAGAUAGCUUGUAUGAAAAGCCAUAUCAAGUGCUUUUAGCAUGGCGAGAUCGCUACCCAGAUCGUUGCAAUCUGACUACCCUUUCUAGGGCAUUAUGCAAAGUGGGGCUCGGGUAUGUUGCAAGACAAUACUGUCUUGCUUUAGAGAUGGGUUGAUAUCACCCAUUGUUAUUUGAAAUCAUGUAGUAAUUACUGAUUGAGAGGAAGUAGUCAAACAAUGACUCUAGAGGUCAUGUCUUUUCAACAGUUUAUUUUUGUCCUGGUGAUAGAAAAAUAUUGUAUCAUAAGUGGAGUGAGGUAGGGAACUGAAGAAAAAUUCAUUUUGUUCUCUUAAAAGAACAGAUGUUGUAUUCUAUGACCUAUUAAUGAGAUGUAAAUUUACAUUAAUUAGCUUUAGAUGCACUUUUCUUUGGUCUCAUACUUCUCCAUGAGUAGAACACACCUCUAAUAAUGAAGGAGAUAUCUAAUUACACAAGAUUAGCAUGCUUAGUAUGUACAUUAAGCUGUAAAUACUUAUUUCCGUGAAAUAAUGUUUUAUGUAUUGAUUGUGGGAAAGCCAACAAAUAUUUUCUGUACAUCAGAUGUGUCAUACAUUGCUUCAUAUCAAACAACUUCUUCCAGACAUACACCAUACAGUUAACCUAAGAUAUCAUUAACAUCUGAUCCAGUAUUUGUACAUGUGUGACAGUAAUCAACCCUCAAACAUUUUGAGCUGUUGUUAAGACUUGGCUAAGAAGACUUCACCUUUCUUUCAAUUGCUGUAGUUUUAGUUUUUCUUUUUUUUGUUAUAUUUGAAAAAUUUAGGCUUGCUUUUUCAAUGCAUGCAAAUGAAAAGUGUAGUAAAGCUAUUGGUACCUAUUUUUUUACUAUUAAAUUUUAGUUUGUAACCAUCCUGAGAGCUGGUCUCAGCUGAAAUACUCUGCAAGUCAGAGUAGAUUUACAUCAGGAUGCUUUUACACAGACAGAUAUUAGAUAUGUAUUGUUAAGUAGUAUUUAUUAGAUAGUUUGUUUAUUUUCCAUCAUUUUUAACUGUUUUCAAAGACAAAUCCACUAACUCAUGUAAAGCAUGAAGGUUUUUGUACCAUGUUUUCUAAGUUUGUAAUUUGUAAUUAGUACACUUGUUUGUAAUACAAAAAAGAAGGAAGGAAGUUAGUUUAAUAUGGAAAAAUUUCUAUAGAAAAGGGUUAAAAAUACAAAUGUAAUAUUUUUAUCAGUAAGAAGCUUUGGAACCAUUGUGAACUUAGCUAAUAGAAGAAAAUGCGUAGAGUAAUACAUUAAAGUUAAUGUGAACAAAGAAAUA